AGCGAGAGAGGGGGGGGGUGGGGGGGUUGGGUCUCGUGCAUUCCUAUGUGUGGGCGCGUGGCUUCUCAUCUCUGACAGAAGCACACGGCGGCGGACUAGAAGACAGGACGGACGGACGGACGUGCUCGGGACACACAGGCUCAUCGGCGGUCCUUUGGUGGUCUCUUCUCGAGUCUGUUUUCCUGGUGAGUGCUAUAGAGCUAGAGCAGCAGCAGAUUAAGGGGAGGACGAGUGGACAGGCUAUUGCUUUUUAUUCCCACCCAAUGGGGCCAGGGGAUGUGUGACCUCAUCGUUUACCUGCAAGGCUGUCAAACGUUAAGCAACUCUCACACAGAAUGACCGAAAUGGAUUCAGGAAUUACGAACAUCCUCCCUCAACCCUCUGCUCUGAUGAUGUCAUGUGAUGUCAAACAACCCGCCUCCUCACCAUCCCUCUGUGUCAAUCAGGACAAGGAUGGAGGUCACCAUGACAACAUGAAACUGGAAGACAAAGCACAGCCGGUGAAGAAAGGAAGGCCCAAAGGAAAGUUAGAGCGUAGUAAGGCGGUAUGCGAAGACACCUCUACACCUGCACCUGAGAACUGCACAAAAGACCAGAAGCUCAGCUCCUCCGGUUGCUAUGACGACGAGAGUACUUCCUGUACUAAGGAGGCACUGGAGAAGAGCCAAACCCCCAAUAAAAAUGUGUUAAUCAAAGAGUCCAGUGUGGAGUACACAGACUCUUCUGGGGUGGACCUGCAGCAGUUCAUCUCUGACACGCUGAACAGUAACCCACGGGACCGCAUAGCGCUGCUCAAACUGGAGCGCGACAUGAUCGACUUCAUCACCAGCAACAGUCCCUUUAAGAAGUUCCCCCAGAUGUCUUCGUACCACCGCAUGCUGGUGCACCGUGUGGCCGCCUACUUCGGCAUGGAGCACAACGUGGACCAGACGGGCAAGGCCAUCAUCAUCAACAGGACCGUCGGGACGCGCAUACCAGAGCAGCGCUUCCUCCAGCAGAUCCGCGAGGAGAAGAAGGAGGAGAUCCAGCAGUGGAAGGCUAUUCUGCCCAGGGACACCAGCUCUGAGGACCCGCUCGUCCUCCAGCCCUUACGGGAGAAGCAGAGCAGGUCUAUGGAGGAGAGGCAGGAGGAAUACUACAGAGCACGGGAGCGGAUCUUCAAGCAGGAGCUGCAUUGCGUCCCGGAUGGCAGCCAUGAUGAACCCAGGGCUCUAGAUGACUUAAAUCCCUUCGCUGAGACCCAGAGGAGGCGGCAGAUUUUCAGGCGGAGCCACGGAGGCUCCACCUCCAGCUGGAACAGCAGCGGCCAGCAGAGCAGCACCGAGAGCGACUACAUGUACGGCAGCGACCCGCGGCCCUGGAGCAGCACCGAGUCCGACUCGUCCUACCAAUGGAAGACCGCCGCCCCCAAGCCUCGCCACCCGGGGGGCCACGGCCCCGACGCCCGCGGGACAGGCUCCAUCUCUCUGUACAGGGUGCAGUCUCCUUCCAUCCCGGAGGAGUCGCCCCCUGCGGUCAACCCACCUGUCUACAGCGUGGAGAACGCCAUCCCUCCUGGCAGCAUCCUAGUCAACCCUCAGACCGGUCAGCCCUUCCUCAACCCAGACGGAACGCCCGCUGUCUACAUCCCCCCGGACAGCCAGCAGCCAAUCAGGAGCCAGCCUCAGCUGCCAGCUCCUCCGCUUCAACAGCCACAGCCACAGAUGGUCCAGUACUCCUCUGUCUCCUAUGCAGCGCCAUCACAACCCUAUUCUACACAGAUGGAAGAUCUCUCCUCGCAGUUUGCCCAUGUGGCAGCGAGCUGUCCAUCAACAGGAGAAGCCCCGCCCCUCUACCCCCCCACCCAGAGCUACGUCUAUGCCGCUCCGCCCCCUCUCCCCUCCAACCAGGCCCCAAACUACUGUCAGUCCUCUGCUCAGGUGCCUAUGUAUUACUACUCUGGCCAGUAUCCUACCUCGACCCAACAGACCUGCACAACCCCCUCUCCCAACCAACACCUCCUCAACCAAGCAGGUUACCCUAUGACUCUGGCUGUGCAGCCAUCCCACAGCCAGGCCCAGAGCAUGCUGGGAAAUUACCCUUCAAUGGCCGCUCAUCAGUGCGGCGGGGGUCAGGCGCAGGGGUCCGUCUCCUACUCUCAGAGCGGUAUUGUGGCGCCCCUCGGAGGAGAGGGGGGCUACUGCUGCAUGGGUCCCCCACCCUGCGCCACCCUGGCCCAACCCACCCACCCCGGCUGCUUCAGCAUGGGGGGGCCGGCCUGGGGGGUCCAAUACUGAGGCCCAAUGACUAGCUCAAGGAAGGCGCGAUGCAAUGCUGUUUUUCUGCACACACGCACAGACAAACACACACAUUUAUAUAGUAUAUAGUAUUAAUAUGCACCCAAUGCUGUUAAGAAACCACUUUCACUGCACAAUCAAACAGGAGGGCAUUCAACUAGCGCACGCACACGUAAGCACGUGCAUGCAAGAUGGCACACACGUCCAAACAAACACACACCGAGAUGUCUUGUACCCGAAGCCAAAUCAUAUUAUCAGAGAUGCUGUAUAUAGAAUAUAAUGCAUUAUUUAUAUUCGCCAAUAGUUUUAUAUUGAUAUGAAGAAAUAUAUAUAUUCUGUUUAUUGAUAAGUGUGAUUGAAUAAAGCACAGUGACUGGAUUGACGGGUCACAUUUGUAUUUGA